CACAUUUCCUUCCACAAAAGGUCACCCAGAAGAUGGGGGUUGUCACCUACCUUUGCCUUCUUGGUCUCCUGGUCUCCUAUUCUUUCCCCGGAGCAAGGGCCAGAUACUGUUCCAGGGGUUGGCUGAGAGCGCUGGGCAACUGCUAUGCAUAUUUUGAUAGCCCAAAGUCAUGGUCUGAAGCUGAGAUUGCAUGCCAAAGCCAUGGCCGUGGGACUCAUCUGGCUUCUAUACUCACAGAGCAAGAGUCAGCCUUGGUGGCCAAGUACAUCUCCUCAAAGCAGAAGAGAAAAUAUAAUGUCUGGAUUGGUCUCUAUGAUCCCUAUGAGAACCGAGAUUGGAAGUGGCUUGAUGAUUCAAUCUUUAAUUACAGCAACUGGAACGGAUGGGAGCCAAACAACUCUGGCGGCAAGGAGUAUUGUGUGGAGCUGAAACGUAGUACAGGUUUUCGAAAGUGGAAUGAUAAACCUUGUCACCAUUUGUGUACCUAUAUCUGCAAACAAGAGAUUUAAAGGAGACUGGAGUUCCCAACUCUGCCUGCUUAGUGGAUGUGUCUCUGAUCUCAUUCCUUCCUCUCCCAUCCCUCAAAGGGAAAAAAACAGCUCUUCUUCAUUUUCAAAAUAACCUCCUCCAUAGAGCUACCUCUUUGGUCUUCCCAUUCACUUGGAAGUUUUCUUGUUACUUCUGCAAAAUAUAAUCUUAAUAAACUCG